AUGAUGAUCAGGACUAAGGGGAAACCACAACACUUUCACUCAAUCAUAGACAAGGAAGAGGAAGAGGAGGAAGAGGAAGACGAGGGUUUUAUUGCUGUGAGCUGGUCUCAGUGUUGGUGUGAUGUCACUCCUCUGACUGUGAGUCCCAGCAGCUCUCAGUUCUUUAAAGGAGACUUUGUGUCUCUGAGCUGUGAGGAGGACGACAGCUCUGCUGGAUGGACUCUGAGGAGAAACACAAGCAAACAACAGAGGACUCAGUGUGGAGAUGGGUGGGGAAAACCAGCUGGUUCCUCCUGUAACAUCAGCUACAUCAUCAAAGGGGACAGUGGAGUUUACUGGUGUGAGUCCAGAGAGGGUGCCAUCAGUAACAUGGUUAAUCUCACAGUCUCUGGUGGAUCAGUGAUCCUGCAGAGUCCUGUCCUCCCUGUGAUGGAGGGAGAUGACGUCACUCUGCUCUGUCAAACAAAGACCACUCCCUCCAACCUCCCAGCUGCUUUCUAUAAAGAUGGCUCCCUCAUCAGGAAGCAGCCUACAGGUCACAUGACCAUCCAGCAUGUUUCCAGGUCUGAUGAAGGCCUCUACAAGUGUGACAUCAGCGGUCAUGGAGAGUCUCCAUCC